CAUAAAUCACGCUAUUUAACCUGAACAUGCAUCGUUCAAAGGCACUCGCGGCAGGCGAAGCCGGCACUCCGCAGCAAAAAGCGUCGCGACUGUACGGCGGGACACCUCAGUCAACCGAACGGCUACAUCGUCCCUUUAAAUGCCCUGGCUCUGCCACAACCACACGCGCAUCUUUAAAGCCCGCGAGAAAAAGGAGGAAGGUCAAUUAUGCUGGCGCUGAUGGAGAGGACGGUGAAGGCGACAAAACAUACACGAACGAUGAGAGGCUGGCUCUUGCCACCCGAGACAUCAACCGAUUUCCGGUAUUCAAACCUAAGGAUAAGGAGAGCACAUUUAAACAACGCUUCACCAUUCCAUUACUUAAUAAAGAGAACGGAUCGUACAACUCGUUCAGACCAGCGCCGCUGCUUGGAAUGCGGCUGGGUCGGGUUUUCGUUGCUAAGCCGCUGCAUGACCCGAGCGGAGAAUUUGCUAUCGUACUAUACGACCCCACCAUCGAUGACAGGCCGGUGCAGAUGGAAGAAGUAGUGGAAAAGCUGAGUCAGGAAGAUGUCAAAAGCUUGGAUGUCCCGCUAGUGCACAAGAGUUUAGCAGAUAUUUUGGGCUUAAAAAAAAAGGUCGAAGAGCACCCCAGAGUACCUGUGGUAAUUGAUCCACGAUUAGCCAAAGUCCUCCGUCCUCACCAGAUCGAGGGUGUAAAGUUUUUGUAUCGUUGUACAACUGGCUUGAUUGAUCCAAUGGCAAAUGGCUGUAUCAUGGCAGAUGAGAUGGGCUUAGGCAAAACCCUUCAAUGUAUUACCUUGAUGUGGACGCUAUUGAAACAAUCUCCCGAAGCCGGUAAACCCACAAUUCAGAAAUGCGUCAUCGCCUGUCCUUCUAGUCUUGUGAGAAAUUGGGCAGAUGAACUAGUCAAAUGGCUCGGGAAGGAUGCUAUAACUCCCUUUGCUAUCGACGGAAAAGCCUCCAAAGAGGAGUUGGUCCAGCAAAUGCGCCAGUGGUCCAUUGCGUCCGGCCGCGCUGUGGUCAGACCAGUUCUUAUUGUUUCGUAUGAAACCCUCCGCAUCAAUGUCGACGAGCUGAAGAACACUCCGAUAGGGCUAUUGCUCUGUGACGAAGGGCACAGACUUAAGAACGGCGAAAGUCAAACCUUCACUGCUUUGACUGGUCUAAAUGUCCAGAAGCGCGUCAUCCUUUCCGGGACACCAAUUCAAAACGACCUUUCGGAGUACUUCUCCUUGCUCAACUUUGCUAAUCCAAAUUAUCUUGGUACUCGGAUGGAGUUUCGCAAGCAAUAUGAGAUCCCCAUUUUGCGUGGCCGUGACGCAGCCGGAACAGAUGCAGACCGGCAGAAAGGUGAUGAACGCCUGGCUGAGCUUUUGACUCUGGUAAACAAAUUCAUCAUUCGGCGAACGAAUGAUAUCCUCUCGAAGUAUCUGCCCGUUAAGUACGAACAUGUUGUCUUUUGCAACCUAUCGCCAUUCCAGAAGGAUAUGUACAACCACUUCAUCCAAUCUCCCGAUAUCAAGAGCUUGCUUCGUGGUAAAGGUAGCCAACCGCUCAAGGCCAUCGGUCUGCUAAAGAAGCUUUGUAACCACCCGGAUCUUCUCGACCUACCAUCCGAUCUUCCAGGCUGCGACAACCUCUUGCCAGAGGACUUUGUUCACAAAGACGCCCGAGGCCGAGACCGCGAUGUAAAAGUCUGGUACUCUGGCAAAAUGCUUGUUCUAGACCGCAUGCUAGCCCGCAUCCGCGCUGAAACAAACGACAAAAUUGUCCUCAUCUCCAACUACACACAAACCCUUGAUGUUUUCGCUCAGCUCUGCCGCGCGCGUGGCUAUGGCUGCCUUCGCCUCGAUGGGACCUUGAACGUCAGUAAACGCCAAAAGCUGGUCAACAAAUUUAACGACCCGGAAGGCACUGAAUUCGUCUUCUUGCUCUCAUCAAAAGCUGGCGGAUGUGGUCUCAAUCUGAUCGGUGCCAAUCGCCUUGUGCUUUUCGACCCAGACUGGAAUCCCGCCGCCGACCAACAAGCACUUGCUCGGGUAUGGCGUGACGGGCAGAAAAAAGACUGUUUCGUAUACCGCUUCAUAGCAACCGGAACAAUUGAAGAGAAGAUCUUCCAACGCCAAUCUCAUAAACAAUCUCUCUCAUCAUGUGUCGUCGACUCUGCGGAGGAUGUCGAACGCCACUUUAGCCUCGAUUCACUACGUGAGCUAUUUCAGUAUAGAGAUAACACUACGAGUGACACGCAUGACACGUUUAAGUGCAAGAGAUGUAGGAAAGAAGACGGGAGGCAGGUGCUUAAAGCCCCAGCUAUGCUGUACGGGGAUACCAGUACCUGGAACCAUUUUGUUAAUGAUGGGGUAAAGGGCCCAUUGGGUAAUAUUCAGGACUUGUUACUCAGACAGGAGACGGAAGAGGGCUGUAAGGAAGUUAGUGCUGUGUUUCAGUAUAUUAGUCAUUAG